UAAAUAAGUUUGCUUUUAGUUCGCGAUCACUUCUAAAUUUAAAAAGUGUAAGAACUAACUUUGUCUCCGAAAUUGAUUUUAUUAAGUUUUUAUCUUAAGAGUAUGCUUAUAUUUAUAUUGCUUGGAUUUAUUUGUCAUCUGUCUUCUUGCGAUGACAAAGAAAUCAGUUUUAAACUUGUUACCGUGGCAACUGAACAAACUGAUGGAUUCAAACGAUUUAUGAGAUCCGCCAAUGUGUUUGGCCUUGAUGUGGAGGUUUAUGGUUUAAAUGAAAAAUGGGAAGGUGGAGAUUUAGAGAAUGGGCCUGGUGGUGGUCAAAAAAUUAACAUUCUUAAAGAAGCUUUAAGAAAAUACAAAAACAAUGAAGAUCUUGUAUUGAUGUUUACAGAUUCUUAUGAUGUAGUAAUAAAUGCUGGAAGUGAUGAAAUUUUGAAAAGAUUUUUAAAAACUGAGGCAAAAAUUCUCAUCUCAGCUGAAGACUAUUGUUGGCCUGACAAAUCUUUAGCGGUAAAGUAUCCCAAAGUAAAUGUUGGAUAUAAAUACCUAUGUUCUGGUGGAAUUAUCGGUUACGCAAAUAAAGUUUAUGAAGUUUUAUCUGCGAAACCUGUAAACCACACUGAUGAUGAUCAAUUGUACUAUACACAAAUAUAUCUUGAACACAGAGAAAAAUACAACAUUAAGUUGGAUAAUAAAGCAGAACUAUUUCAAAAUCUAAAUGGCAAUCAAGAUGAUGUAGAACUUCGCUUUGAUGGUGAUAAUCAUUUGUGGAACAAGAGGUUUGGUACAUAUCCAAUUGUUAUACAUGGAAAUGGUCCAAGCAAAGAUUACUUAAGUCAUCUUGGCAACUAUCUUGGUGAUUAUUGGACAUAUGCAGAUGGUUGCAAGUCAUGUAAAGAAAACACAUUUUUACUGCAAGAUGUAGAGGUCACAAAUUGGCCAAAAGUUCUUAUUGGACUGUUUAUUCCUGCACCAACUCCAUUUGUCACGUCCUAUCUUGAGCACAUUUCAAACUUGGAAUAUCCCAAAGAAAAAAUUGACAUUUUCAUUCAUAGUGUGGAUCCUCAUCAUGAUCCUCAUGUUGAAGAUUGGUUAAAAAGAUUUGAAACCAAAUAUUUAUCUGUGACCUAUAAGCGUCCUACAGCAUUUUUAACUGAAAAAGAAACACGACAUCUUGCAUUUGAACAUUGCAAACAUGUAAAAUGUGAUUACUAUCUUUCUGUAGAUUCUAUUGUUACAUUAUCAAACACAAAAACAUUGCAAAUGCUCAUCGAACAAAACAGGACUUUUAUUUCUCCGAUGAUUUCCAAGCCUGGUAAGUUGUUCUCAAACUUUUGGGGAAAGGUUGGUCAAGAUGGAUUUUAUGAGCGCUCACCAGAUUACAUAGAUAUUGUAAAAUACAAUCGUAGAGGUGUAUGGAAUGUACCUUUUGUGUCUAAUGUAUAUCUCAUACAGUCAGAUACUCUUAAAAAGUUCAAGUCAAAUCCAUUUAACUCAGAUGAAUUAGAUCAAGAAAUGAGUUUUUGUAGCAAUGCAAGAAAACUGGGAAUGUUUAUGUACAUAACAAAUUUAGAUUAUUUUGGUCAUAUAAAAGAGGAUGAAUCUUAUACAACACAUCACAAGCAUAAUGACUUAUAUCAAAUAUUUGAUAACAGAAUUGAUUGGGAAGACAGGUAUUUACACCCUGAAAUGAUGUCAUAUUUAAAUCCCACUUCUACACCAAAUAUGCCAUGUCCUGAUGUUUAUUGGUUUCCAUUAACAACAAAAAAUUUUACAAAGGAACUAGUUGAAGAAAUGGAAAACUUUGGAAAAUGGUCAGGAGGCGGAAACAAGGACGAUAGAAUAUCUGGUGGAUAUGAGAAUGUACCAACUGUUGACAUUCAUAUGAAUCAAGUUGGUUUGGAAAAACAAUGGUUAAAGAUACUUAAAGAUUAUAUAGCUCCAAUGAGUUCUCGUUACUUUACUGGAUACAAUUCUGAUGCACGUGCUAUUAUGAAUUUUGUUGUUAAGUACACAACAAAUGGUCAGUAUUAUCUACGACCACAUCAUGACUCAUCAACUUAUACAAUAAAUAUGGCAUUAAAUAAUGUUAACGAAUAUGAGGGUGGCGGCGCUAGAUUUACACGGUACAAUUGUAGUGUUGCCAAAACAAAAGAAGGAUGGGCUCUAAUGCACCCUGGUCGACUUACACAUCAACAUGAAGGUUUACCUAUAUUAAAAGGAACUAGAUAUAUUAUGGUUUCUUUUGUUGAUCCUUAAACAUUUAGAAAAAUGGAAUAUAUUUUUAUUUAUAUAUUUUAUCUUUUAAAAGCAUUUUUAAUCAAAAAAAAACUAUUUAUUUUUUUUUAAUAUUCUAAAUAUAUUUUUAUAUUUUUUUGACUAUUUUUUUAUUUGCCUUCUUUUUGUUAAUUUUUCGCUGAUAAAAAUUUUUUGCUCAAUUAAAAAAAUUAAAUUUAAAUCUUAAAUUCUUUUGAAAUUAGUUUUUUAUAAUUUUUUUUAUUUAGAGAUUUUUAUGGAAUUUUUAUAGUAAAGUUUUAUAUUUUUUAAUAAGGGGAACUUUGAAAUUAAAAUUUUCUCUUCUAGACAAAUAUACUUCUUUGAGGUAA